AUGUCUCAAGAAAAGAACAAUGUCGAUCUCAUCACAGAUGUGGCUCAGGAGAGAGCCAUCAUUCCUUCUGGCGAGGAGGCAAUCGACAUUCGUGAGGAAGCACUGGGAACCAACUUGCCUGCGAACUACUAUUGGAGUUGGCAGUUUCUCGGUACUGUGGUGGCCUGCUGUCUGAGCUACAACAGCUCUAAUCUGGGCUAUGUGCUCUCUUCCAAUUCGAUGGCCAGGAUCAACGCCGACAUUGGUCCCUCGGACAAUCUUGUCUGGAUCGGUCUUGUCAUGACACUCACCAUGGGCGUGACCUUUCUCUUGGUCGGACGAUUAUCAGAUGUUUUUGGACGAAGAAUGUUCUUCGUGGUGGGAAAUUCCUUCACUGUCGUCGGUUGUAUUCUGGGUGCAGUUGCUGUCAAUAUUGAGAUGAUUGUUGGAGGUAAUGUCUUCAACGGCAUCGGGGCCGCAGUCCAGCUCUCCUUUGGCAUGAUUAUCGAAGAACUCGUCCCUGUGAAGCAUCGACCGAUCUGGGUCUCCUGUAUCUUUAUGUCCGGUCUUCCCUUCCUAGCGUUUGGUCCUGUCAUUGCUCAAGGCCUUGGUGACAAUACGGCGGCAAGCUGGAGAUGGUGCUUCUAUCUGGGCAUCAUUGUUGCAGCUGUCACCUCUAUCCUCCUAUACUUAUGCUAUCACCCACCAGACUUUCAUCUCCUCCACAGCAAACGUUCACGCAUGGAACAGGUCAAGCGAAUGGAUUUCAUUGGCAUGUUCUUCUUUACCGCUGGUCUGGUGCUCUUCUUGAUUGGCCUGGGUUGGGGUGGUAACAAAUAUCCCUGGAAUUCAUCCCAUGUCAUUGUGACCAUCGUUGUUGGCGUAGUCUGCCUUAUAAUAUUCGUUUUUGACUCCCAUACUGACUCUGCGAUUAGAUUCAAAGUUCCACAAGGGCGAUCCUUUCGUUCCCAUGCACUUAUUGCUUGUGCAUCGGUGGGAUCGUGUGUUUAUUACUCUAUGGUGAUCCUGUGGCCUCAGCAGAUUGCUUUCCUCUUUCCUGGUAGUCCUCUCCGAAACGCAUUUUUGGCGUGUGUCAUCGGCUCUGCGGUCGAGGUCGGGCAGUUUGCGGCGGGCUUUCUCCUGAAAUACCUCCAGUGGCAUAGAUACAUUCUUAUGUUUGUGUGCUGCUUGCUCACAGCCAGUGCGGGAGGCAUGGCGGCAGUGGGCCCAGGCGACAAGGAUUUGGGUGUUGCGCUGAUGUUUCUGGCCGUCUUUUCCGUCGGUGUCAUUGAAUGCGUUGCCGUCGUCAACUGCCCUAUCACCUGUCCGCCUGAGCAUUUGGGCUCUGCCUUGGGCGCCUUGGGCUCGAUUCGCAGCACUUGUGCGGCCAUUGCUACGGCCAUCUACUCGGCCAUUCUGGCUAACAAACUCGGGAGCAUCACCCCAGCCCGUGUUUCAGAGGCAGCUUUGGAUGCUGGAUUGCCGGAAUCAUCACUGCCUGAGCUCUUAGAACAGUAUAGCUCUGAUCUGAGUGAUGUCCCUGGCAUCACGGCGCAGAUCACGUCUGCUGUCGAGGAUGCUAUCGUUCAAGCUGCUUCUGCCUCUUUCAAGUAUGUUUGGUACGCCGUCAUUGCCUUUGGAGCUGUGGCCAUCUUCUCGUCAUGGUUCACCAUCGACUACACUAAGUACUACACCGAUGAAGUCACCAGGAAGCUUCAGGGGGUUGGAGGCAAGAAGAAUGAUCCCGUCAAGGGGAUUCAAGACGAUGCCGUCUAG